AUGGCAUCAACGAAGAAGACUUUUACCAGGGAAGACUUCCAACAAGCUCUAACCUACCUAGAUGAAGAAAUUGGAAAGUCAAAGAACUUGCGGAAGGCAGUUCCCAUAAAACUUGUUGCCGUUGGGGGUUUUUGUUGCCCGCUCGAGAAUCUGACCAAAAUCGAGGAUAAACUCGGUCGAGCAAUCAAAAAUGUGGCUGAUAAGAAAGGCUAUGAUGAAGGUUGGGUCAAUGAUAAGGUCCGAUUAUUUGCUGUUGGUGAUUCCGCUCAGCCACUGUUCCGGGAUUCGGUGGCCCAAAAUGUCGUGUUAUGGGAAGGGAAAAAUCUCAUUGUCUACGCAGUCAAGUGGGAAUGGUCACUAGCACGAAAAGUAAAACGCAUUGGCUCUACAAGACGAGAAGCCGAUGUCAGUGAUGCAGUUGCACUGCUGAGAAAGAUUGUGGAAGAGAACGGGAGACCAAUAUCAAGGGAAAGGGCCAAGAGCUGGGACCAGAUUGUUUUCACUCCCAUUGAAGACAGUGCCCUCGACAAAGUUGCUGAAGAGUAUGAAAAGAAAUAUGAAAGCUCUGGCUUUAUGUGA